GACGACGGAAGGUUCGCAAUAUCAGAAACUUCGAAGACUGCAUUUUCCAACAUAUUCAGGAACUCAGAAAGAUUAUUAUAAAAAUUUGGCUUAUACAAAGAAAAAAAGAAAUGAAAUAUUUAAUUCUAUGAAACCUGAAACUGUUUCUAAACAAGUUUCUAUGUUGCGUCAAUAUAGAGUUGGAGAACUUCCUGAUAUUGAAAUUAAAUGUAGUGACAUUAUUGGCCCAUUACAAGCAUUGGCUCAUAGAGACUUGGAUAUUUCUCGAAUUUUAUUUUCCACAUUAUUUGUUUCCAUUUAUGAUAUUACUGGUGACAAUACAAUCAUGGACGUUAAUAAACAAAAUUCUUAUACAAAUUCGAUGUCUCAACAUAUCCAAUCAAUUUUCAACGCAACAACAUCAUAUUUUCCACCUUUAAUUAGCAGUUGUCUAAGAAUAUGUUACGAAAUCCCAGAUAUAAAAUUAGACCCAUUGUCCAUACGGAAAGCCAGUGAAAUUAGUUCUACAGAAUCAAUGGGUAUAAGAUUAAUUGAGCAAUAUUUGAUACAGAUUCCUAAACAAAGAGAGUCAAAAAGAAAACGUACUUCAAACACUGGCCUAGUCGCCGAGAGUAAGCAACCAUGGAUUGAGUUAGCACAUCUUUAUAAAUCGAUUGAUAGUAAUGAUGUUUAUAAGAGCAUUCAUGAAAAUUAUAUUGCUCACAAUCAAUAUACCAAAGAUGCUCUUAAUGCUGAAUUAAUAGGCGAUUACGCUUCAGCUUGUCAAUUCUAUUUGCAAGCAUUAAGCACUGUCGAAGAUGCUGAUGAUGCUGAAAUUACUGUUUGGGAAGAAGGCAGAUUUGAAUGUUUUGAAAAAUUAUCAAAAUGGGAUGACUUGGCCGAAACAGUGUGUGUCGAUAUAGAUAAUGAUUUAGAUAAGCUUUGGGACCAAGAUUAUCAGUACCCGUAUCUUCAAUACUUUAUGCAUAGUUUGUUCAAACUAGCGCAUGGUGAUAAUGAUGUUAUCCAUCGUGACAUGUUUUUUGAUUUCGUUGAUCGUGCCUUGUCUGAUUCAGAACGUAAAUCUUUCUUAACUGCACAAUAUCCGAUUGCACGUGGUGAUACAGAGCAAGCAUUUUAUUACAUUAGAAAGGCGUAUGAUAGUUUCUUGUUUGCCUGGUCUACUUUACAUCCGUUGGCAUCUAGCACAAGACUAAGUAAAUUGACUUCACUACAAGAGGUUGUUGAAAUGGAAGAGUAUUUGAAUUUUUCUCAAUCAUCCGAGAAAUCAGAAAUAUAUGAAAAACUUAUUAGUCAAUGGAAAAAUAGGUAUCCUUCAAAACGGCUAGACCCUAGCAAUAGUUGGGAUGACAUUAUAACAAAUCGCCACUCACUUCUUGACGCUAUGAACAAAUUGCUGCAAGGAGACAAGCACUUCAUUGAUAUUAAGAGCUCACUAGAGCGAGAUGGCUUACUUAAAAUGGCUUCAGCAGCAAGAGUUCAAGGCAAUUUUGAAGUUGCCCGUGUUUGUCUCAACAAAACAAGGCAAUUUAAACUUGAUGAUCAAAAUGAAUUGACUUAUUAUCAGUUGAAGCUCAAUCUUCAAGAGGCUUUGACCACCGUUAGUGUUAAAAAUAAACUAAAUAUAUUACUGGCGAUGACUGAUGAGUUUAAAAAAGUUCAGAUAUCGGAUAUAGAAACAAAUAUAAAAAAUCAUGUUACAGAAAGUGAAACAUAUAUUACAUUGGCAGCUAUUCUUGAUAAUGAAGAAAAUUGGGAUAUAUCGCGUUCUAUUCAAAAUAAUAAAACAAGGUUUAUGCAUGAUGGUUAUAAUCUUUUAAAAGGAGCGGCUGCACAAGCUGCUUUACACCUCAGGCCUUUGAAACGAGCAAAAAUUUAUGUUAAAUUUGCAAAAUUCUGUGAUUAUUACUUACGGAAUUUGGAAUCAGCCGAUGAGAAUCAAAAAACGAUUUCUUUUGAUAGUGGCUCGUUUGCCUCUACAGUUGUUCAAUAUGUUUUAAGGGCAAUGGAAAUUUGUUCAAAGGAAGCAUCGGAAUUAUUUCCUAGAUUGCUUCAGAUAAUUAGUAUAUACGAUAAUACACAAUCAACUUUUAAACAAAUGGUAUCAUCAUUUGGCCCUGUGUGGAAAUUUAUCCGUUGGAUUCCUCAAAUUGUUGCCAUAUUGGACAAACCCAUUGCAGAAUGUGUUUUUCCAAUAUUGCUUAAUCUUGCAGAGCAAUACCCAAAAAGUCUAUACUAUCCAUUAAAAAUUAGUAGCGAACAUUACAAUUUUGACGAAAAAUCUGAAGAGUCAGAGAUUAGCAAGUCAAGAGUUCAAAAACUUAAGCAAAUAAUAAAGUGCGAAAUGACUGAUACUCUUAUUGCAGAGUUACAAAGGCUUGUUGAUUCAGAAAUUCAUUUUGAAAAUUGGAUUAAAUCAAUUUAUACUAAAGAAACUGAUCAGUAUGAAGAAAUUAAAGAGUCUUUUCAAAGAAUGAAGUCUUUUCUUUUGGAUGCUCAGAAUACUCGGAUUGACGGGUCUAAAUUAGCAAGAUUUAAUCAAAUAGAAUUCCGAGCAAAAGUUUGGGAUUAUUACAUUAAAAAUAUAAAGCGUGGUGGUGACAAGAAACCAUCGUCUGUUGCAAAUUUACUUAAAUCGUAUUCUCAAUGGCUUGCCGAUUUUUCAUCUUCAAAUUAUGACGAAGAAAUUGAAAUACCCGGUCAAUAUGAUGGAUUAGGCAUUCCAGAUCCUAGUCGACAUGUAAAAAUCGCCUAUUUUGAUCAAAAAGUUUUGAUUCUAAUGUCUUUAAGGAAGCCCAAAAAAAUUACUAUAGUGGGUACAGAUGGCAAAGAAUACCCUUUCCUUGUAAAAGGAGGAGAAGAUUUACGAUUAGAUCAAAGAGUUCAGCAAUUAUUCACAGUUAUGAAUGAGCUAAUGCGCAAGGAUUAUUUCUGUUCUCAGCGUAAAAUUGAAUUAAUUACAUAUAAGAUUGUUCCUAUCACUGGUAGUUUAGGUAUAAUUGAAUGGAUAAAUCAUACUAAACCACUACGGUCAUUUAUUGAGAAAGAACUUUCUAAUGUUUCAUCCAUUGGAAAUUCUCAACAAGAGCAUGAUACUUGGGUGAAUGAACAUAAAGCAUUAUAUAAGCUUGCCGCAUCUCCUGAAGUUCAUUUAGCAAUUCGUAAUGAAUUUGUUAAAAAUCUAGCCGCAAUUAAUAUCUGUGGUUACUUAAUUGGAAUUGGUGAUCGUCACUUGGAAAAUUAUCUGAUUGAUCUUACCAAAGGAUCAUUAAUUUCCAUUGAUUUCGGUCAUGCUUUUGGCUCAGCAACUGAGACACUUGGAGUUCCAGAAUUGAUACCAUUCCGACUUACUAAGCAAUUUGAAAGUCUAAUGGAGCCACUUGGUUCGCAAGGUUUAUUAGAAUAUCCAAUGACAAAAAUAAUGCAAACUAUGCAAGCACACAAAGAUAUAUUACUUAAUGCGAUGGAAAUUUUUGUUAAAGAGCCAUUAUUGGAUUGGCAAACCAGAGCAAGAAGUCAAGCACGGCAACAAAAAAACGAAGGAAGUAAUGAAAUUGAUGAAAGUUCUCAAUCAUCAGAAUGGUAUCCACGCCAUAAAUUAGAUAUUGCUAGACGCAAACUCGAGGGCGAAAACCCUGCUUAUCUUGUUUGCGAAGAGUUAGUAUUUGGACAUUCGAAGAAAGGAUUUAUUAACAGCAUUCAAAAAAUUGCUAAGGGAGAUUCUGAACAUAAUAUUAGAGCUUGUGUACCUCAAAAAUGUAGUAACGUAAAAGAACAAGUUGAAUGUUUGAUUGAUUUGGCAACUGAUCCUGUGGUUCUCGGUAUUAUGUGGGUCGGAUGGAUAAGUUGGUUGUAA